AUGGCUGAGAAAAUGUGCAUAGAAAAUCCUACGGAAAGUCAAGAAACAAGUUCUGAUGAAAUUAAAGAAUGUGACCCGUGUUUAAUAUCUGACAAAUCCAGUCCUGCAGGAAAAUAUUGCAGCGAAUGUGAAGAAAACCUGUGUGAAGACUGCGCGAGAAAUCACUCGAAAAGAAAAGCCACCUCGUCUCAUAAGCUCAUUUUGAUACAAGAGACACAUUCAGAUACAUAUUUACUUUGCAAUCCAUGCACUGAUAAUGAAAAAGUAUCUAAAGCUGUUUCAUUCUGUGAUAUGUGUGAAGAGUACCUAUGCAACACCUGUACACAAUCCCACAAGAUCAGAAAAGCCACACGUCUACACGAGCCAAUAAACAUUGAAGAGUUAAAUCGGUAUAAAAAGUCUGCUGAGAAAAUACCAUCUUGCGCACUAUGUGAAGAGAGUGGCAUUCGAUCUACUGCGUCAUAUUACUGCGAAGAAUGUGAAGAAUAUCUUUGUGAAAUGUGCAAAGAAAGUCACUCCAUUCGAAAAGCAACAAAGUUACACAGACCCGUUCCUGCCUCUUCCCUCAAAUCAAAUGAUAGUGAUGAAAAAACAGAAAAAGAAGAAAGCAGUAAAAUGUGUGAUCCAUGCACUUUCUUAAAUAAACGAGUAGUUGCCAUAUCAUUCUGUACACAGUGCGAGGAGCUCCUCUGUGCUGACUGUACCAACCUACAUCGAAUAAGGAAGCUCACAAAAGCACAUGCACUUAAAAGACCAGAAAGUGCUGAAGCCGAUAAGGUGGAGUGCGGCAUUUGUGAAAGAAGAACAGACCAAAGAACUGUUAUGUACUGUAACACUUGCGAGGAGAAAUUGUGUAGACGUUGUGCAAAUUAA